AUGGGUCAACAAAUUCAGCCAGCAGGAAAAGCUAUUGCCCUCGAUCUCCCUGCAGGCAUUGAUGCAAGCAGGCGGUGGAAAUACUUGUGCGUCUGCAACGUGAAUGGCAAGGCAGUGGCAGUGCCGUUUUUUGGUGAGAAGAUUUUGGUGGUGGACCCUGCAACUAGCCAGGCUUCGGCCAUCGACCUCCCCGCAGGCAUUGAUGCAAGCAGGGAAAGGAAAUACGAGUCCGUCUGCAGCGUGAAUGGCAAGGCAGUGGCAGUGCCAGGUUAUGGUGAGAAGAUUUUGGUGGUGGACCCUGCAACUGGCCAGGCUUCGGCCAUCGACCUCCCCGCAGGCAUUGAUGCAGGCAGGGCAUGCAAAUACGGAUCCGUCUGCAACGUGAAUGGCAAGGCAGUGGCAGUGCCGUGUGAUGCUGAGAAGAUUUUGGUGGUGGACCCUGCAACUGGCCAGGCUUCGGCCGUCGACCUCCCCGCAGGCAUUGAUGCAAGCAGGGCAUGCAAAUACGAGUCCGUCUGCAGCGUGAAUGGCAAGGCAGUGGCAGUGCCGGGUUAUGGUGAGAAUAUUUUGGUGGUGGACCCUGCAACUGGCCAGGCUUCGGCCAUCGACCUCCCCGCAGGCAUUGAUGCAAGCAGGCGGUGGAAAUACGAGUCCGUCUGCAUCGUGAAUGGCAAGGCAGUGGCAGUGCCGCGUGAUGCUGAGAAGAUUUUGGUGGUGGACCCUGCAACUAGCCAGGCUUCGGCCAUCGACCUCCCCGCAGGCAUUGAUGCAAGCAGGGCAGUGGCAGUGCCGCGUGCUGCUGAGAAGAUUCUGAUUGUGGACCUGCCGCAAUCCACAGUGUUCAGCCUCAGCCUGCACCAGAGUGCUGUCCAGCACACGCCCGUUUUCGCUGAGCUGGUGGCAGCUUUGUUGAGCUACUGGGUGUACACGGACGAGCCGGAACCUCCACAUCUCGAGAAUGCUUCCAUGCAAGUUCAUCGAGUGGUUCAGCCGGGCGAGUUUGGUUCAGCCGUGAAGAUCGCCACCGUCACUGCUGACUUACCCGCUGGCAAGGUGCUCUACGUCGCCUUUAAGGGUACUUCUUACAUCCUGGACUUCCUAAACUGGAACCUCGAGUUGCAUCACACCAUGACGCAAGAUCCCGACUUCUUCGUCCACGGCGGCGCAGCGGGCACAGUCCAGGCAGUAAGCUUCUGGCUUGAGCAGAGCUUGCUGGAGCGCUUAAAGACGGCGAGGGAGAACGGGGUGCGGAGUGUAAUUUUCACAGGCCACUCCUUGGGAGGAAUGUAUGCAGCAUUGUUAUUCUACAUCUUCUGGAAGAAGAAGAAGGAUGGCGCCUCGAAGGAUGUCGUGUCCCUUCUGUCCGAUUUCGACGUGCGGUGCGUCACCUUUGGCUCUCCGAUGGUUUUCGGAGGUGACUCCCCGCAAGCACAGGCAUUCAAAGAAUUUGCAGCGAAGGGAGCCGUGAACUACAUCAAUGAGAACGACCCGUGUCCACGUGCCUGGGGCACCAUCAAUCUCCGGCAGUUUGUGGAAGUGGCGACCAAAAGCGUCCAGAAGGGAUUGGUCGACCAGCUGGGCAGCGUCAAGGGGUUUGUGGCAUCGCAGGUCGUUGCAGCAGCUGCACAGCACUUCCUAAACCGGCCGGACUUUUACCUCCUCGAGGAUUUUGCUAAACCGUAUCAGCACUUUGCAGAGCUAAAGGUGUUGAGUUCUCAUAGGCAGGUCGCUCGUUGGAAGGAGUUCCAGCUCACCCCAGACUGUCUGAAAGACCACUCCGUUAUGGCUUACGUGACCCGGCUCUUUGAUGCCUUUGACGACAGCCGGCCCGAAUGCCAUGUUCACACCCAGACUGCUCGGACGGUACUCAGGGGUGGAGCCUAG